UGGCCUCAAACUCAGAGAUCUGCCUGCUUCUGCUUCCCGGUUGCUGGGUUUAAAGUUGUGCACCACCACUACCUGAGGAUUUAGUAUUUCUAAAAAUACAACGGCAUUCAUGGCAGCAAGGGUUGGCACAGAUGGCUUCGUAGAUUCAUGCUUGGCUCAUCAUGUCACAGGUAACAUGACCCUGAAUAGGUCAUCCAGUUUCAGAUAGCCCAUCGUCAACUGGGGAGAAUCAUAGUUCUUUCAGAUGGGCUAUUAGGACCUCCUUAGGCAAGCCUGUAGGAUGAGGACACCAGCCGUCCUCCGUGAGGCCCCACUUCAAACUAUCUGACCGUACCAUCCCCGUAUCUUCCCGUACCAUCCCGUACCUUCCCGUACCUUCCCAAACCAUCCCUAUCACCCAGCUCUCAUUGACUCAGGUCUGAGAGGCCUCACUAGGGACCAAGGAGGAAAGUUUAUAAGGAAAGACUGUAGAGAGAAGGCAUGGUCUUUAUAAAUGAUGCUGGGGAGGCCCAGGGAUGAGGGCUUGGGAGUGGGGUGGUCAGGAGGGGAAACUGAGGUUUGAGUCUUCCUCUGAUGGGGGAUGCUGGGCUGGCGGCUCCCUCAGAAGCCUUCCCUCACAGGUGUUUGGCCUUGGUUCCGUGGCUCAUAUGGUUCUAGGAGAACAAAAGAUGGGGAGCUUUCUUGGUGUCAACUUGGGUUUUGGCUUCGGAGUCACCAUGGGCGUGCACGUGGGAGGUGGCAUCUCCGGAGCUCAUAUGAAUGCAGCCGUGACCUUCGCCAACUGUGCACUAGGCCGGAUGCCCUGGAGGAAGUUCCCCAUAUAUGUGCUGGGCCAGUUCCUGGGCUCCUUCUUAGCUGCGGCCACCACCUACUUACUAUUCUACGGUGCCAUUGACCACUUUGCGGGCGGAGACCUGUUGGUGACUGGUUCCCUGGCCACGGCCAACAUUUUUGCCACCUAUCUUCCUGAACACAUGACCUUGUGGCAGGGCUUCCUGGACGAGGUGUUCUUGACCGCGUUGCUCCAGCUGGGUCUCUUUGCCAUCACCGACAAGCAGAACAAUCCGGCGCUUCAAGGGACUGAGGCCCUGGUGAUAGGCAUCCUUGUUUGCAUCAUUGGAGUGUCCCUGGGCAUGAACUCGGGGUAUGCCAUCAACCCGUCCCGUGACCUGCCUCCCCGCUUCUUCACUUUCAUUGCUGGCUGGGGUAAACAAGUGUUCAGAGCCGGGAACAACUGGUGGUGGGUACCAGUGGUGGCACCCCUCCUGGGCUCCUACGUAGGUGGCAUUGUGUACCUGGGCCUAAUUCACGCCAGUAUACCACGGGAACCUCAGGGUUAGGAGAAUGCUGAAGCGGGAGACCAGAAGAUAACCGUUUCAUCAUCCAAGGUUCUCCUCACCCCCAUCGCUAGGACCCCAGCUUCCACCCAACCCGUUCCACCCCCAAGUGACUCGGUGCCUGUAGAGCGCUUCUAAGUAGAACUCUCCGUGACCAUAUCCUUACUGCAAUAAAGCACACCUCAAACGCGGUGGCCCUCACUCUCUGGGACCUCCUGUCGCUGGACUCCUGGGCUCUUCUGGGAGCUAUUUCAGCAUGGAACUUGUCGUGUAGAGCAGUCCGGCCUUGCACUUGUGGCAAUCUUCCGGCUUCUCCCUCCUGAGUGUUGGGAAUACAGGCAUUUACCACCCUGCCUGGAAUAUUCCAGGGUUAUUCUUCCAGGCUCUUUUCUUAAUACUGGGGCACAGGACCAAAAGACUCCAAUUCUUUCCACUCCAGGAGGGGUGGACCUGGAAGAAUGUCUAGGCGGGGCCUCACAGUGGUGUAAAGAAUACCCCACAGACUGGUGGACCUUCAUGCAUUGGUGCAUGAGUUGGGGGGAUAGUGAGAAAAAGAUCAGAGGUAGCAGGUGGUGGGCAGAUUUGGGGAAUCUUUGGGGGUGCCCUAGGGUGGGACUAUAGGGUCUCCUGCUUCUCGCUUUGUCCAGUUUGGAGCAGAGAAGGCAAGGCCAAGAGUUGACAUCAGGAUUUCAACCCUUUCAUUAGAGCCUUUAGUGGUCUUUUUAGCUUUGCACCCUCCCUCCUUGAAAAAGGGUAUUGUGUAGCCCAGGCUGGCCUUGAACUCUGAGU